GAGGCACCAGACCCUGUUAAUUAAAGCUCGCCCUGGUCCAUCAUUCUGAGGAGCUGCAGUGCUCUGCUCCUUCCUGAUGCCUUAGAGCUUCUCCUUAACUCCCAGCCAUGGAUCUUGGAGAAUUUCCCCCGAGAUCAGCAGGAGAGCCUCAGUGUCACCGCUGACGUUCCCUUGAUGUGCUCACAAAUCUCUCUGAGAACAUCGCCCUGGACCCCCGAUGCGGCUGCCCGAGCAACCUGGAGAGGGGAAGCCUGAGCAUGAGGAAAAGGGGGGCAGAGGAGCCCCUGGAGGGGGAGAGGAGCCGCCGAGGAGCCAGGCCCCCGACUUCCCCACUUGGGAGAAGAUGCCUUUCCACCAUGUGACCGCUGGCCUGUUGUACAAGGGGAAUUACCUCAACCGGUCUCUCUCUGCUGGCAGCGACAGUGAGCAGCUUGCAAAUAUCUCCGUGGAGGAGCUCGAUGAAAUCCGAGAGGCCUUUCGGGUUCUGGACCGAGAUGGGAAUGGCUUCAUCUCCAAGCAGGAGCUGGGAAUGGCCAUGCGCUCUCUGGGGUACAUGCCGAGUGAGGUGGAGCUGGCCAUCAUCAUGCAGCGCCUGGACAUGGACGGGGAUGGCCAGGUGGAUUUUGAUGAAUUCAUGACAAUUCUUGGCCCGAAACUGGUGUCUUCAGAAGGCCGUGAUGGUUUUCUUGGAAACACAAUAGAUAGCAUAUUCUGGCAGUUUGACAUGCAAAGGAUAACUCUGGAAGAGCUGAAGCACAUCCUCUAUCAUGCCUUCCGGGACCACUUGACAAUGAAGGACAUUGAGAACAUCAUCAUCAAUGAGGAGGAGAGCCUGAAUGAUACCUCGGGGAACUGCCAGACAGAGUUUGAAGGCGUGCACUCCCAGAAACAGAACAGGCAGACCUGCGUGCGGAAGAGCCUCAUCUGCGCCUUCGCCAUGGCCUUCAUCAUCAGCGUCAUGCUGAUCGCCGCCAACCAGAUCCUGCGGAGCGGCAUGGAGUAGCCGCCCCGCCGCUGCGUCCCCGCUCCUGCGCAUGCGCACGCCCUGCGGGCCGGCUCUUCCUCCACAAAAGCAGAUCUGGACGAUGCAGACGUGGCUCAGUUCGGCGAAGAACCCAAGGUUGCAGUGCAACCUCUGUUGCAAGUCCACUUCAUCUCCUUGGCAGGGACACAAAAGGGCUGUCUUCAAUGCUUUAAUGGUUUUGUUUCCUAAUGCAAUAAAUAGCCAGGAGUUCCGAGUGAUCGCUUCAACCACCUGCAGAAACUCCGCACAGGAACUUCAUUGUCAUCUCGGAAUUCCCAUGGCCAUGCGGGCCAGUGGUAAGAGAGCAAGGGAGAGGCGUGAACACGCAGUCACCUCCCCGCCCCGUCCUUUCAACCCAGGGGGGCAACUGGAGACCCCCCCAGGGCAACCCAAGGCGUGACUUCAGGGUUGCCGCAGAAGAGGGGGCUCUCCACCUGUCCCUGGCUUUCCUCCUCCACCUAGUGGAGCGCCCCCCAAGGCGUGAGGGGAAAGCUGUCGGAGGGGUGCAGGACCUGCAGCUGCUCCCAUGCUUCCGUUCUUACAGCCUUUCUACAGGACUCUAGCUGGCAGAGCUGGGGAGUUCUCGGUUUCCAUCUGCACUUGGCUUUCAGUUCCUAGAGCCCAUCACGCACCAGCAUUUUGGAAUCUGCAGAGAGCCUUCCUCCCAGCUGUGCUGCUUGUGCUGCCAUUAAAGAACAAAGAAGCAUACUCGUGGGCAUCUCUAUAAUCACAUAGACACGUAGAUAGAUGUAUCUAUUUGGCUUCUUCAUGUGUGGCAUCAUUCUUCCCUAGUCACUUACUCCUCAUAUAAGCUAAUCCUCCGACACGCAUCCCUGCCUCUUUUGGGUGGGAGAGGUCGUCUGGGGGACGGGGACUGAGUCUGGUGGUGAGGAGGUGUUGCAGCCCACGCCCCAGUCGUCCGCAACAAUGGAGCCCGCACACGUCUCCCUGCCAGAAGACCUCUGUAAGUUAAGGUCCUCACGCAUCUUACCUUUUUCUCACCUUACAGUUGGCUUGGUACGUUAGUCUUCCCCAGAUAAAACGAGGAAUACAAUCCAGAGUGGAAAGAUCAAACUGCUGUAUUUUCCAUAACAUCUUCGGGCAUUCAGAUCCUGCAACUGACUCGCUUCCAUGAGAGAAAAACAAAACAAAGGGAUGUUAAUAAGCUUAGCCAACAGGACAGGUCACUUAUCCGGCCUGUGGAAUCCUUUCUUCGGGGAAGGAAACGGAAUGCAGUGGUCUGUUUUCAACACCAUUUCAAGUCUGUGAUUUCCUGACUUUUCCUACGUGUCAUAUCAGCCACCACUAUUAAUUCAAGCUUGCCUAGUCUGGUUAGCCAAUACCCUUUCAAUGGAACAUUUCCCUUUGUACUUUUCCAAGCUCAGGUCUUUAUUUCUAUGAUGGAAUCGUCUUGCUCCUCUUGCAUCCGAAAGCUUUGAGGUUCCAGAACCUUUCCUCUCUCAGUGCAGCCAGGUAGGCUUUUUGGUGGGGGGUGUGUUCCUGAACCUCUCCUCGAGCUCCCCCCUCCCCCUGCCCCUCCCUCUCCGCUUUCUCCUUACUGCCUUCUUGGACUUGGAGCAUCCACGGUCUCAGCUUAGGAUCUUCUUCCAAUUCACCUCUGCCGGCGCUUCAGGCAACAGCCUGGGGGCAGCUGUAGGAACUCCCCCACUGUGGGAGACCGAGAAUAUCCAUGAUGAGCACAAGAAAAACUAGGGUUUGAGCCAUAGUACAGAGGAGGGAGCAGGUGUAAGCUUUCAAGAGUCCAGGGGUAUGAGAGUCUCUCUGGGAAAAUGCCUGGGGCCCCGCACAUCCAGGCCAGGAAAGCACCAGCCUGCCUGCCCACCCUGCCCUGCCACAGCACACCUGCACAUCUGCCUCUCCUCUCUCCCUUUGCCUGACUCACCAUGCCCCCCGCCCCAUCAGAAUCCUGAGCAAGAACAGGUCCAGCCGUAGCAUGCUAACAGGACAGCUUCAUCGUCAGCUCCUGCCCAAAGCAGUUGGCCCUCCCUGGCUGAGUUGAACUUAGGUGGGAAGGGCCCCUGAGCCACUAGACUACAUUAUACUGGGGCAGGGGGUGCAGGGUCCUAUGUAGACUAGAUGGAGACCCCAGGGACGAUUCUUAAAGGACUGUGCCCCACGAGAUGGGAUUGCAAUGCUCUAGGUGAGGCUGGACUUCUUCAAAGGCUGCUGUGCUGCAGGUUCUUCUGCCUCCCACUGGAGAACAGGGACCCUGAUGAUGGGAGGGUUAGCCUCUAUUGGAAGACAGAUUAGCCACCAUGCAGGGGUGGAGAUUAAAAGAGUUCCCGCAAGGCACCAACAGCCUGUUCCCUACAAAG